AAUACUACAUAUAAAUAUCAAAGUUCUCAAAGACAGUGGCAUAGUUUGCAUGAUGGCUCAGCAUUACAAGAUAUAUUUUGUUUUGUUGGUUGUUAUAUUUCUAUCAAGUAAUGUGUGCUAUGCGCAGUUCACAUUAGAUGACGACACACAAGAAUUUUUCGUUAUUCAAGAUGGAGAUAUUUCUGGAGUUGGUGCAGGGACGGAUAUACUAGGUGGUACAGAAACCGGUAUACUAGAUGGUACAGGUGCUGAUUUUUCACCUCUUAUGGCUCUGGUACAACUUUUACUACUUGCACCCUUACUAUUUGCGGCAACAACACCCACUACUACAGCAGCUCAGACUGUGCAAGCACCGGUUGCAGCAGCACCGGCUGUGGUUGCACCUGUAACGCCAGCAACACCACAAACCAUAACAGUUUUAGUCCCUGCUGCGACUACACAAUGUGUUUCGGAAACUUGCCCACCUGGAUUCAUGCUCUUACCAAACCAAGCAAGUAGUACAAACUGUUAUUCUGAUAGUGGUGCGACGAUUGGUAAUAAUAAAAUGUGGAAUGCAGCUCUGUUGGAUUGUGCCAGGACACCUGGUGCCUACCUGUGGAGACCAAACACUGGACAAGAAGCCGCUGCUGUUAGAAAUCAAUUUAACUUUCGUAAGUUGAGAAUGUUACUGUAUUUUCUAUCAAUAUGA